AUGAUCAGACAUCGUCUUCGUCUUGCUCUCUCUGCGGCCCCCGUUACUGCGACCGGACGGCGGACCCGGAGCAAGACGGCCCCCAGACGCUCGCUCAGCACGCAGCAGACACAGUCAUCGGCCAGCAGCUCCAGCAACAACCUCGACGGCGACGGUCGAGCGUUCGUGCCGCUGCGGAAACAGCUCAAAGACGAGUCCAAGGCGAAACGGCUGACAGGAAGAGGGAAGAGGUCGAAGAGCGCGAGCUCGCAGGUCGAAGGAUGGGAGCUGACGGUUGGCAUUGAGGUGCAUGCCCAGCUGGAUACGGACUCGAAGCUGUUUUCCAGAGCUUCUGCUGCCCAUGAUGAUGCGCCAAACGCCAACGUUGCGCUGUUCGAUCUCGCGUUUCCCGGAAGCCAGCCGUGGUUCCAACCGGCGACGUUGAUACCGGCGCUGAGAGCUGCAAUUGCGUUCGGCUGCGAGAUACAGAGCGUGAGCCACUUUGACAGGAAACACUACUUCUACCAGGACCAGCCGGCCGGGUAUCAGAUUACACAGUACUAUGAGCCCUACGCGAGAUCGGGUGCCCUCUGGCUGUACCCUCACGACGGGAUAGCGCCCGAAGACGGCGACGCGGUGCGAGUCGGGAUCAAGCAGAUACAGAUGGAGCAGGACACGGCCAAGUCGCAGGAGCUCCCGUCGCACACGGUGCUGCUCGACUUCAACCGGGUGUCCCGUCCGCUGAUCGAGAUCAUCACCCUGCCGGAGAUACACUCGCCUGCGACGGCGGCGGCGUGCGUGCGGAAGAUCCAGGCCCUGCUGCAGUCCUGCGGCGCGGUCAACACGGGCAUGGAGAUGGGUGGUCUGCGUGCAGACGUGAACGUGUCUGUUCGACGGACGGGCCAGGUAGAGCAGCACGGCUACGAAGGCGUAUCGGGGCUGGGCCAGCGGACGGAGAUCAAGAACCUGAGCAGCUUCAAGGCGGUCGAGGAUGCGAUCAUCGCCGAGCGGGACAGGCAGAUCGCGGUGCUGGAGGGCGGAGGGAAGGUCGAGGGCGAGACCCGCGGCUGGACGAUAGGGAGCACGGAGACGAAGAGGCUGCGGGAGAAAGAAGGGUCGGUGGACUAUCGAUACAUGCCCGAUCCUGACAUCGGGCCCGUCGUCGUGGGGGCAGAGCUGGUCGAGAGGCUGCGGACAAGCAUGCCGCCGUCGCCGGACGAGCUGCUGCGGAUGCUGACGCAGGACCCGAUGUACAUGCUGACCGUAGAAGACGCGAAGCCGCUGAUCGAGCUCGACGACUGUGCCCGGCUGGAGUACUAUCUCGACGCCGUCGACUCUCUGGUCGUUUUACAAAGGGAUGCAGCAGCAGCAGCAGCAGCAUCAGCAGCAUCAACAGUAUCAGCAACAGGCAAGACGGUGGGCAACUGGGUCCUGCACGAGCUGGGAGGGCUGUUCAGCCGGGCUGACGCUGCCUGGGACGGCGAGCGAGUGCCGGCCUCGAGCCUGGCCGCGAUCGUUCACCUGGUCGGGACGAAGCAGAUCACCGGCAGCACGGCCAAGUCGCUGCUGUCGACGGUCUUUGCAGGCGAGCACGGCGGCCGGACGGUGCAGGAGAUGGUCGAGCAGGACGGGCUGCUGCUGCGUCCGCUGGCGCAGGAGGAGUACGUCUCGAUGGCGCGGACGGUGAUGGCCCAGCACCCGCAGCUGGUCGAGCAGAUCCGGCAGGGCCAGCAGGGCAAGAUUGGCUUCUUCGUUGGCCAGAUCAAACGGAUGGGCGAGCGAGGACGGGUCGAAGCCCAGCGGGCUGAGGAGGCCGUCAGGUCUCUGCUGUGA